GCUCGCCCCCCGCGGAUGAGCCGCCGCGGAGCGCGGGCGGACGAUGGAACUCCACAUCCUGGAGCACCGGCUGCAAGUUGCCAGCGUCGCCAAGGAGAGUAUCCCGCUCUUUACCUACGGCCUGAUCAAACUUGCCUUCCUGUCCUCCAAGACCAGGUGCAAGUUCUUCAGUCUGACCGAGACCCCGGAGGAUUACACCAUCAUUGUCGAUGAGGAGGGCUUCCUGGAACUGCCCUCUUCGGAACACCUGAGCGUGGCUGAUGCCACCUGGCUGGCCCUCAAUGUGGUGUCUGGCGGCGGCAGCUUCUCCAGCUCCCAGCCCAUCGGUGUGACCAAGAUCGCCAAGUCGGUCAUCGCCCCGCUGGCCGAUCAGAACAUCUCGGUGUUCAUGCUGUCCACCUACCAGACGGACUUCAUCCUGGUGCGUGAGCGGGACCUGCCCUUUGUCACCCACACCUUGUCAUCAGAGUUCACCAUCCUGCGGGUCGUCAAUGGCGAGACAGUGGCAGCUGAGAACCUCGGCAUCACCAACGGCUUUGUGAAGCCCAAGAUGGUCCAGAGGCCCGUCAUCCACCCCCUGUCCAGCCCGAGCAACAGGUUCUGUGUCACCAGCCUGGACCCCGACACGCUGCCCACCGUUGCCACACUCCUCAUGGACGUCAUGUUUUACUCCAACGGAGUGAAGGACCCACUGGUGUCCGGCGAUGACUGCGACCACAUCCGCUUCUUCUCCUUCUCCCUCAUCGAGGGUUACAUCUCCCUGGUGAUGGAUGUGCAGACCCAACAGAGGUUUCCUAGUAAUUUGUUGUUCACGAGCGCAUCUGGGGAGCUCUGGAAGAUGGUGCGGAUUGGAGGACAGCCCCUGGGAUUUGAUGAGUGCGGCAUCGUGGCCCAGAUCUCCGAGCCCUUGGCCGCCGCAGACAUCCCCGCCUACUACAUUAGCACCUUCAAGUUCGACCACGCACUGGUACCGGAAGAAAACAUCAACGGCGUCAUCAGCGCCCUGAAAGUCAGCCAAGCAGAGAAGCACUAAAAGGGCCCCUUCCGCUCCUCCCCAUCCGCCCCCCCAGGCCUGGACCCCGCCCCACCCUGAAGACUCUUCUUGCAGUAUUUCUCAACAGACUGGAAAACCGGCCCUGGGGCCCCCAGAGGCGGGGUCUCUAGGAGACGCCCCCUGAUGGCUGACCCCGCCAGGCCUGGGACCCAAGCCAAGACCUCCCCAUGCCCUUCUCCUGCCUUCCUGGAGCCCCCAGACCCUCCAGAGAGCACGCCCUCUCCUCCUCCCCCACCCUCACUCCAGAAAAUGAUGUCCAGGGCCAAGGGAGCUUCUCCGCUGACCCACCUUCUCGUCCAGCCUCACCCAUGGCCAAGGGCAAACGCCGAAGGAAGCUGGUGCCUCUGGGACACUGGGGUACCAAUUCUCGCGUCAUCUUGGGGGGCUGGCUGAGCAGGGCCGAGUUCAUAGAGCCAGGGAAGGCCCUCAUGAGGGCGGGGGCUCUGGACCCCAUCUGGUCUCUGGUCCCAUCGGCUCUGGGCUGGUCCCUGCAGAGUGGAGGCCAGUGGGCGGCUCUCUAAUCCUGUGCUGGUGAGGCUCUGAGGGUGGGGCCCUGAGCUGGGGGGGACCUCGGCCACCCAGAACCUUCCUUGGCUGCCAACCACAGGGCCUGUACCCCGAUUCCCAGCAAGACUGCCAAGGAGGCCCUGUCCAGACCCUCCCUACCACAAGCGCUCAUCCUGGGGGGUGGGGGGGUGGUUCCCAGGAGACCCACCAGCCUGGGGCAACAGCUCCUAUCCCAUCUGCUUUCCCUGGACCCUCCUGGGGCUGGCAGAGCCUCGGUUUUCCCCAAGUGGGGGCAUCCCCAGCGUUCUGAGCUGGGGUUUUCUUAGGUCACCCCCACCUCCCCAGCAAUCAACGAGACCAGCACAGGGCUCCCCCAUCGUCCUGCCCUCCUCUCCCUGCCCCGCUUGUGGGGGAACAUGGAAGGCCCCUGCCCCCAACUCGCCCGCCCACCCACCCCUCUGUCCAGGGACCGUGGCAUUCAUGAGAACUUGACCUGGGAGGCAGCUUAUCUGAGCCUUAAUAGAGAAAACCGUACCUUGUAGCUUCCUAUUUAAUGUGUUUGUUACCCAGGCUGCGGCUGGCAAUAGUUUCAGGGGACAGGGCCUGCCGACGCUAUCGGGACCCAAAGUGUGACAUCGCUUGGUUUAACACCCUGUGGCUCAGGGACAGGCCUGAGAAUCGGAGCUGCCGCCAGGGGCCUUGGCUCUCCCUUCAGAGCAGGCAGCUGGGAGCAGAGGUCAGUUACGAUCCAGGGGUCCCCAGGGGCACCCCACACAGAGCUGCCAAGGCAGAGUGGUUCUAAGCCUCAGAGGAAGGUUUUGACGGGCUGUGGGGAGACGGACAGCCAGGUGGCAGAUCAGCCCCCGCCCCAGAGAACAGGGCGACGCCCCUGCCUCCUCCCCAGCUGGUGGUGGUGUCCGGGCCGUCCCUGAGAAGCUGGGAGGAGAGGGGCCAUUCUCUUGACUGGGUGAAGCCCCACUGUCCCCCUUCUCCAGGCGACGUGGGACCCCCUGAGCCCUGGAAACCCACCCGGUGUUGGAGGUCUUGUCUCUGAAUCCUUACAGAUGUUCAGAGCCCAGGCACUGACUCGGAACCCUUUUUUUUGGAAGUCAUUUUGCACAAAACUCCAGAAAAACCAAAACAUGUCAGUUGUUUGCUGGUUCCAAAACCGGGGUGACCGCAUGGGCAGGGCAGCCCCGCACGUCCUGAGCACCCCCUCUGUGCCUGGAAGGCCUCGAUUUUCCUGUGGCGUGCCCUCCAGACCCCUUCCUGUCAGCUCCUCCCCGUGUCGCUCCCCCGCCGCUCCUCCCCGCCGAGCUAGUGUGUCGGCCCCGUGACCCCAAGAAGCGUGUGAUCCCCCCCAGACCCCCUAGGACGUAUAUUGUACACACAUAUAAAUACCUGUGUUUUAUGUUGAUAUAGAUAUAUACUGUAAAUAGCAUAUAUACUUGAGCAAUAUAUAUGUUAAUAUAUACCGUGUGAGCGUGCACACGCGUGUGCGUGUAUGUGUGGGCGUGAGGGCCUCCGCCCCGCUGUGUCUGCCGUGCACACAGGCACGUUUUGAGCCACCGUGUAUUUUUAAUUCAAGUAUAUAGGCAAUACGAUGAUCAGAGAAACCGGCUGGCUGCCUCGACCCUACCUUGAGAGAAUCAGACCAGCAACUGAGAACAGAGCCCCCGGGUGGGGGUGAGGGUCCCUACCCCCUCCUCCCCGAGUCUCCUUUGAAAGCUGGGAUCCAGCCCCUCCCUUUAGUUCUGUUUCCAAGGCCCCUGGACACCCCUGUUUUAUUUUGGGGACAGGGCCAUAAAGGGGAAGCGCGUUUGGAAAGGAACAGCCCCUUCGCCAUUGCUCCGUCCAGGUCUGCUCCCCCCCCCAGCACCUCCAUCACCGGAUUUCUUUCACCUGCAAGGUUAGAAGCCACAGGUUCUUUCCUCGGGUCUCCUCCUGGGGACUGGCCCCGGGUAACCGAGAAAGAGAUGGAAGCCCUGGAUGUUGUUUCCUUGAGGGGUUGGUGCAAGGAUUUGGCUCUCCGGGUUACACUGGUGUGUAUCCAACCCACGGGCUGGGAACCCCGCCCUCUGUUUCCCAGCCCUCCCCAUCCUCUUGCCAUGCGGGGAGGCCAGAGCAUCCUCGGUGUCUAUGUGCCCGUGAGCCAGUGGCUUGAUGUCCAGCAGUCUGGGGGAAGAGAAGGUGAUCACCCCACUGGCUGGCUACCCCCAGGGGUCUCCAGACCCACAGGGAGGCGGCCCAAAGGGGCCCUGUUGAGCUGAGACGCUCUUGGCUCGGGCUCACUGAGCAUGGAGCCCCGGAGCCGCCACCAGGGUCCCAGCUGUGUCUCAAGUGUGCGCUGUUCCCUGGUAAGAAACGCUCAAACCGUCUCACCGCCCCAUCACUCCUCACCUGCCUCAUCCGUGAACACGGUGAGAGGUUAAGGUAGGGAGGGUGAGGGAGAUGGGGAGCCGAGACCCCCCACUUUGCCCCCACCCCCUGUUAAUGAAAAUCUGCCUCUUUGGUUCAACACUCAACUUGGGCUCCCCUGGCUCCUAAGAAACCCCUUUCCACCUCAGCCCCAGUCCUGGCCCAGCAGAGACUCAGCAGUGCCCACUCGACACCCCCUCUCUCCACGAGGGUCUCCAAAGCCCCCUAGGAGCUGGUGCCCUCCCCACUGCCCUCCACCCAGAACACCCAUCCAAGCAGGAGAGGCUCACAGCCCUCCCUUCCCCAGGAUUCAGGGGUCCCAGAACCCCCCAAGCACCAGCAUUCUCCCCCUCCCUUCAGCUCCAGGCCCCAGGCCCCUGGUGGGGAGGGAGGGACCGGGUGACCUGGAGCUGGCCACUGUAACCUCCCCGUUCGGGCAGCGCGGCCUUGGUGACCAGUGUGGUGUGUCCAGAAGAUGCAUGGUCAGUUGGGGCAUGUCCCCUCGGAGGUGACAGAGGAGGAGGCCUCAGAGCUCGGAACAGGAGGCUCCGGGGUGACGGGAAGGGCCAGGCCCCGACCCCAAGCCAAGGGCACCGUUUGCCUGAUGAUUGAAGAUGAACCUGCCCACCCACCACCAGCGCCUUCCGGCCACAGUUCCCAGCCACCCUCGGCCACCUUUCUGAGUCCCUGGAUCAGGAUGUGGGCACAACCAGGGCCCGUCCCAGCCCCAGCUAAGAGUGGGGACCUUGGGGACCUUCCGGGUGGUGGCUGACGAAGGUGUAUGGCCACUUCCCUGAGUGAAAAUGGUAGGGGCGUAGAAAGGAAGUGCCGCCAGUGUGUCUGCCCAGCCAGGGCCGGGGAGUCGUCAGCCCGCCACUGUCAUGGCCGCCAUGGAGUGGAGUCAGCUGUUGACUUGGAAGACAGAGCUUGGGGGAGGACAGUGGGGUCUCCCAACAGUGGAAAGACAGGGGCUUUGGCUUUUCAGGUUUCCUGGAUGCUGUGCUGAGGCAAGGGUGAGGCCUGGAGUGGGCAGUAGGCUCUAUUCAGAGAGGCUGCCUGGGAGGGGCGUGACCAAGAUGGCGCCUGUUGGUUGACCAAGAUGGCGGACGGUGGUCAGCCCAGCAGAGGGCAGGCUUGGGAACUUGUGAGGGGAGUUGAGCCCUGGUAUAGCUAGAUAGCUUUUCUUACACUCCAGUUUCUUUUCCUUUCUUUCAUUUUUCAAAUUAGAGGCAGCAAAAGGAUUCUUUUCCAUAGACCAAGGGAGAAAGCUGUCGGGUGGGCUAUGGCCUUCAGCUUUGAAACCCAAACCCUCCGGGAAAGCCUGUUUUCUUGGGAGGGGAGGAUGGAAGCUGUGGGCUGAGGCAGCCUCUGCCCUUGGAGCUGAAGGCCCCAGAGUGGCCUGUGAUGGAGGUGGAAGCCUGUGGCCUGGCCUGUGGCUUCCGUGGGCAGCCUGGAGGUGAGGGGGCUUGUGGCUCUUGGUUCUCGGUCGGGCAGGCUGUGAGAGUGAGAAGUGUUGGGAGUCAGAGCAGUGUUGUGGGCACACGUGUGUAAAUGUGCAUGUGAGUGUGAACGUGUGCUGUGUCAACACUGGUGCAUAUGGGAGCACACACCUGCAGAGCCCAAAUUUGAGCAAAAGGACUGACUCGUUCAGUAUUUCAAGGCCUCAGUAUAUUCUUACUGUGGGACACAUGCAGAACUGAAGGGGUGGGGAUGGCAGGCCUUGAACUCCCCUUGACUUUGUUAAAACCGCUCUGGGGAGGGGGGCGGGCUUCCCCGGUGGCCCAGACGGCAGUGUGACUGCAGCACGGGAGACCCGGGUUCGAUCCCAGGGUUGGGCAGGUUCCCUGGAGGAGGAAAUGGCAACCCACUCCAGUGUUCUUGCCUGGAGAACUCCAUGGACAGAGAAGCCUGGCAGGCUACAGUCCAUGGGGUGGCCAACAGUCGGACACGACUGAACUACUAACACUGGGGAGAGGUCAGAGGUGUCCCCAUGGGGCCCUGCUCCAUGCAGAGGCCCGGUGGUCCAUGCAGCCAGCCCCAAGGGCUAGAUCUGCCCAGCAGACUCCUCAGAAGCAGCCAGCCCUGAAGACAGUAUUUACAAGGAGAGGUUCUGGGGGCCAGUGCCCUCUUGCCUAUUGGGGCUCAUCCACAGAGAGCGUCCAUCCAACAAGGCCAGAGUGGGGGGCAAGGAGCUUGUGGAAAACAGGCCAAAUUCAGGUCCCAGGGCAGAGGCUAAGCCUAGUGCAUCUUCCUGUCCACUGCUUCAGCUUAUCUUGUUCAGAAAAUGGUCCAGGGAGAGCUGGGCAGCACUGGCUCCAAAACUGGAGGUGGAGUGGAGGGGCUAACGGCAAACAAAACCCCAAGUCCUCCUCCUGCUCUUUGCCAAAACCAUUUCCGUUAUCCCAAGACGGGGGUGAGUGGAUGUUGGCUGCACAGCGGGGUUCAGAGAGGCCUCUGCCCUGCCCGGGGCCUUGCCUUGGGGGUCUGGCACACCCCGGGUCACCAGCAGUACCAGUGGCACUUAGAUCUAUCUGUCCCACGUUCUGGGCGCGGGGAGAACAGAGCAGCCCUGCCCAGGGCCCUCACGCUUUCUUUCUUUCUUGAAGAAACACAAAACCCUCGAGAUUCAUGUACUGUAUGACGGAGAGGAAAAAAGUACCUAAUGUUCCCCCCAAAAAGACAGUAUAUUUUGUACUUUGUAAAGUGUUCAUUAAAACGGAAGAAAAAACAAA